UUGCCUCCUGCGCUGCGGGCGCCCGCGGUCCCGGUCCCGCCAUCGCGCCCGCCCGCCCGCCAUCCUGCCGCACCCGCCCGCACCGCCCCAGUGGAGCCCCAUGGCCGCAGCCUGUGAGAUCAGCAACGUUUUCAGCAACUACUUCAGCGCCAUGUACAGCCCGGAGGACCCCGCCCUGGCCCCGGUGCCCCCGGCUGCCGCCCUCGGGGCCGAUGACCUCGUGCUGUCCCUGAGCAACCCCCAGAUGCCGCCCGAGGGCCCAGAAAAGGCCAGCUGGUCGCGGGAGCAGCCCCAGUUCUGGUCGAAGGCCCAGGUGCUGGACUGGAUCAGCUACCAGGUGGAGAAGAACAAGUUUGACGCCAGCACCAUCGACUUCUCGCGCUGCGACAUGGACGGGGCCGCGCUCUGCAGCUGCCGGCCCGAGGAGCUGCGGGCCGUCUUCGGGCCCCUGGGGGACCAGCUCUACGCCCAGCUGUGGAGCCUCACGUCCAGCUUCCCGGACGAGCUCAGCUGGAUCAUCGACCUCCUGGAGCAGGACAGCACCUCGUUUCAGGACACGCUGGGGGACCCCGGCCCCUUUGACCAGGGCAGCCCCUUUGGCCCGGAGAUGCCGCCGGAGGACGGCCUGCAGCCCAGCCCCUACCACCCGGGCAGCUAUGGCGCGGGGACCCCGUCCCCCGGCAGCUUGGACGGCUCCACCGGCUCCACCGCAGGGAUGGGCGCCUCCGGGUGCUCCCACUCCUCUGACUCAGGGGCAAGUGACGUGGACCUGGACCCCAGGGACGGCAAGCUCUUCUCCGGGGCCGGCUUCCCUGACUCCAAGAAGGGGGACCCCAAGCACGGGAAGCGGAAGCGGGGCCGGCCCCGGAAGCUGAGCCGCGAGGCCCGGGACGGCGUGGAGGGCCGGAAGAGCAAGCACGCCCCCCGAGGCACCCACCUGUGGGAGUUCAUCCGGGACCUCCUCCUGCACCCGGAGCGGAACGAGGGACUGAUGAGGUGGGAGAACCGGCAGGAGGGCGUCUUCAAGUUCCUGCGCUCGGAGGCCGUGGCCCAGCUCUGGGGCCAGAAGAAGAAGAACAGCAGCAUGACCUACGAGAAGCUGAGCCGAGCCAUGAGGUACUACUACAAACGGGAGAUCCUGGAGCGCGUGGACGGCCGGCGGCUCGUCUACAAGUUCGGCAAGAACUCCAGCGGCUGGAAGGAGGAGGAGGCGGCCGGGAGUCCGAACUGAGGGGCCGGGUGGACCCGCGUGAGAUGCGUGGACUUGAGGCCGUGGCCCCGAUCGAUGGACCUUGGGUCGAUGGGUCGAUGGAUCGAUGGGGAGGACUGCUGUUCUCCGGAGGAAGCUGAGGCUCGGGGCCUCCUCGCCUCGUGGAAUUACAGACUCUGGGUUUUUGAAGUGACUUGUCCGGUGACCAUGUUGCACGAGUGGCCCCUACGGGGCCUCCUGAUGCCCGACCGGACCAGGCUGCAGACACCGCCUGCCUCCUGCCGGGCGCCCGGACAGACGGAGGCCGGGAGGCGGGGCGGCCCAGGGCGCCGUGGGCCAGGAAACGGGGUCUGCGCUCCCUGGACUCGGCCCGGCCCGCCUCCCUCCCAGUGCGUGGGCUCCGCGGGCGGGGGUCAGAGCACUCCCUAAUUUAUGUGCUGCAGAUGCACCAGGUGUACAUACAGAUCUAUUUUUUCUAAGAUGUCCCCCCGCUGUCGCCCCGGGCUGGGCCAGCGGGGGGCGGGGGCGGACGCUCAGGAUGGUCGUCUCCUGGCGCCUGAGUGGGGCACAGAGACACCCC